GUAUGAUGGCUUGACGUUUGCAAUGCGGUGUGUUAUGGUUCAUCAUGGUGGGGACCUCCCGCCCGGCACGGCCUAAAGUACACAUAUAUGGUGACUCUAUAAUACGCAAUUUGGACUGUCCUGAGGAUUUUUUUGAUGUAAAACUGUUCUGUAAACCAGGAGCUACUGUAAAAAGACUUGUAUAUUUUAUUAAGAAUAGAAUUAGAGACGCGUCGGAUGCUGAUGUUGAUUUUGUGAUUUUGCACGUUGGGACCAACGAUCUUUGCGAAAGUGUUUGGGAUUGGACAGGAGUACAGUAUUUAAAUCUUUAUAACGUUGUUCGGGAGAUCUUCCCAAGUUCAUAUAUUUUGUUUAGUGCCAUCAUUCCUCGUUGGGACAGCCAGGAGCUCCACGAUAACAGUAUUUAUUUUAAUUUAAAGCUUCACAAUCUCGUUACAAAAUUGCCAUGUACCUGUUUUUUCGACCAAUCGGAACUAUUUAUUAGAACUGACCGCCUGUUUUCGCAUGAUGGCCUGCAUCUGAAUGUCGGUGGCAAGUGUGUUCUUGGACGUGAACUUUUUAAUAAACUCCAUAACUUGCUUGAGCCUGUGUCUGUGGCACGGCGGUAUGUGCCCCCUGAACUCAAGCGUCUGUGGACGCCCAAGAAAGUAAAAAAGGUGAAGAAGCAGGAGGAGAGCAAGGAGAAAGAGGAGAGCAAGGAGAAAGAGGAGAGCAAGGAGAGCGAGGAGAGCAAGGAGAGCAAGGAGAAGGAGACUAAAGAGAAGGACAGCAAGGAGAAGGUCGGCAGGAAGAAUGAAGGCAGGCGACAUCCACCACGUCGACGACACUGGGGGAGGCGCCCAAAGUGGAGUGUCGAUUGGGAUGGGAAUGUUACGCCGAGGAAGACUGCCCCGCAACCAACAAAGGUAGAAUUGCCCCCUGGAAGGUUUGUUCCUGAAAAUCGGUGUAAUGUCCUCAUCCCAUACUUGCAUCUCAACACAUGCUACCAGAGGAAGAUGGCGAGAGAAAUAUGCACCCGUCUGCCACAGCCAUCUAGUCCUUACAUCCUACGAAAGAGGAAGGGGAGGCAGAAGCACCGUCGUGACGUAGCAUCCAAGAAGAGAAAGAAAAGGAAAAAGAGAAUACAAUGUUGGACAACAAUGUGCCCCCACGCGACUGAUCCAACUUCUGUCAGCACUACAAUCAAGUCAACCAAUGUAAAACAUCAAGCGACCCGUCUAGAGACCACAUUUGUGUUAUUGAUCCAUGUACUUUUUAUUUUGAGCCAGCAGCUGGGGUAAGGAAAAAGAAAAGCUCAGGUGAAGAAAAGGCAGUGUUUAGGUGUAAAAAAAACAGAAGUGACCCUUGUGCAAUAUGUAAUCGGGCAAUAGUUUCUAAAUGUUUCCAUCUUUGGUCUGCACGUUCAGAUAAGUUAGUUAAUAUAAUUCGUUCUAAACAACCUGACAUACAAGAUGAUCAGUGCAUUUGUAAUGCAUGCCGACAAAAGUAUACAAAAAAAGCAGACAAUCCUGAAUAUACCCCACAAAAAUCAAGGAAAAAAGAAAGGCCUCCAUGUUUUCUGUCGCAUGAUUUUUUAUGUCACAAUAUUUCUGAGCUUGACUCGAGAUUAAAUGUGGAAGAAUUUAACAAUACAUUCUGUCUUAAUUAUGCCACUCUCCCUGAUGAAGUCCCCCUUUGCAGAAAACACAGAUCCCACAUAACCAAUUUUUCUGGACUCGGAUACUGUUGUGUAUGUUCUGUCACUUUACGUCCAACUGUUAAACGCUAUGCUUUGUGUAAUAAUCAAGAGGUAGACCUGUUCAAAUUACGUGAAAUUAAUGAUGAACUCAAUGUCGAUGACAACAGUAUAAUUUGUAAACAGUGUUAUAAUCUAUCAACCAGGAAUUCUCCUGAGGUAGUUGUACACACAUUAAGUGAUAUCAAAUUUACUUUAGACACAGAGUUGGUAUUAAAUGACACACCAGAGUCAAUUUUAUUAGUAACUUGUAACCAGACCCUAAAGACUGUAUAUUCAUGGUGCAUGGAAAAUCAUGGAUUCUUAUUCAUGGAUGCUUAUGACCUUUUUUUACAAAAUCUUAUGACCAAUUGCCAAACCGACUGGAUAUAUGAUGAUUGUUAUAGAACAGUAACAUGGUUUCGUGGGAAGAUACAAGGAACAUUCCAGAAUGUAUUAUCAAAACACAAACUUUCUAGGCAACAUGGAUUAUUUUAUUAUAUUUCUAAUGUUUCCACAGAACAGUUGCUGAAUGCUGUUCACUAUGCACAUGCUAAAAUCAGAAUUCUCAAUAAAGGUGUAGAAGAUGAUAAUGUUGAUAUUACGAGAAAACAUGGGGAAGGUGGUUCUAUGGACCUAAUGUACCAGAAAGUCAUCCUUGAUGCCAAUGAAAGAUUAGUUAUGCAAACGAAAAAUAUUACGCAAACUUAUACUCAAAACCCUCUUUCCGUUGAUGAAUUCAAUUUUGAUAGUGCUUUAGCCAGCUUCGACCCUUUGAUCUGGAAUAUUAUUUCACUUCUUACAGCUAAUUUAGAAGAGCUUAAGUUUUUCAAAAAAUCUUCUAUCUGUUUUACGAAAGAUUUCAUUAAAUUCCCAAAUGAAGAAUCAUCACAUGGGAAACGAAGAAAAACGAGACGUGUUGUUGCCGUAUUCAUCAUGCAAUAUGCCUUAACAGAUUUUUCCACUUAUCCAUUUCAUAUCAUCAUGGCAAAUUUGAUUAAAAGAUACUCACAUUCAUCCACACUUUUGAAAUUAAUGAAUCAAAUUGGGUUAUCUUGUUCAGAAGCUACCUUGGAACGAUUUUUACAGACUGUGCAAGAUUCCAGGGAUUCUUCAGGUCUUUUAUCUUGUCUGAAUGAGAGUGCGGUAACCCAUGUUACUAUAGACAACAUCGAUGUUUUAGCCUCUUUUGCAGCAGUUAAUCCUAAUCAACCACGGAGCUGGCAUGGAACCUCUAUAAUGGCACAACAACCCAAACCAGUAACUGAGUUGUUGCAUCCGACAUAUGAACUAAUUUCUCAAGUUAAUAAUGAUAGUUCAGUAAUCUCCCAGGUUAAAAGUGAUGGAAAGAAAAAGCCGUCGGCAAGAAAAAGAAUCAAGUUACACGACCCUUCAUUGGCAGUUGGGAAGGAUUACUUUCAACCACCAAAAUUUAAAACAUACAUGAGGUCCAAUGUGUCUUGGGAAACAUUUACUAUAAGUGACAAUGAAAAUGUCGCUUUAAGUUCAAUAUGUGAUAAGAUGUUUUUGUAUGCUGCAGAACGAUUUGCAACUAUUAAUGACAAUAGUAUUUUAGUUCCAAGCUUUAAACCAAAGUUAAUUGUUGAAAGUCGAAACCAGAAUAUUGAGAAAUCUCAGUUUUCUUAUCUUUAUAUCCUUGACCAUAAAGCAGAUCAUCCACAGACGUUGAAAUAUUGCAUGGAACUGCUUUAUGAUCUUUUUCAGGUGUCAAAGAAGGUAAAUCAUCUGGUUGUAUCUGGUGAUGGUGCAACCUUUAAAAUGCUAUUGGAAAUAAAGAGGGAGUAUGGGGAGUCUCUCGAUUGGUUUAUACCCUACAUAGGAGACUGGCAUUUUCUGAAGAAUUAUCAAGAGGUUAUCAUGAAAAUAUUUUGGGAUGCUGGCCUACGAGAAAUUGCCAAAGCAACUCACAAAACUAUUACACUUCAGAGUCUUUCAAACUGUUCAAAUUUUAAACGAACCCAGCGUUUCUUACUUCAAGCACAUGAAGCUCUUCUUCUAUUUCAAUUCAAAUGUUUCUUAGACUACAGAAGUGGUAAAGCAUGUACAUACACAAACGAUAUGUUUAUGCAGCAAAUUAAAGAUGUUGUUAAGUUAUUGAAGGUAAAAGAUGGUGUGUUUGAUGGUAGCGCUUUCAGAGAUUCUCAAGAAGUCUUGCUUCAAUCUCCAAUGUAUCUCUCGCUUAAAAAGGAUUUUCAUGAUUACUGUACCGAAAUGUCGGAUAAAUAUGAGACCUUCAAAUUUUGGAAUGCAUUUAUUCAUGUAGAUUGCAUGGCUUAUAUUCAAUUGUUUUUGGCGAUUCGUUCAGGGAAUUGGGACCUAAGGAAUGGUGCGAUAAAGCAGAUGGUGCCUCUUUUCCAUGCUUUUGACCGUGUAAAUUACUCAAAAAUGAUUCCUCAUCAUCUCGCUUUGAUGGAAGCUUUACCGGAUCACAUACUAGACCAUUUUAGGAGAGGAGCUUUUGUAAAUAGUAUAAAAGGAAUGGAAUUUUGUUCAGCUGCCCUAGAUGAGAGCCACGAAAUGUUAAUUAAUAAGGAUGCCAAGGUAUGUUUAUGUAGAGGUUUGCCAAAGAAUAUGCAGAAGGUUGCAAGUAGUAUUCAAUAUCAAGCUAAAGUAAUUCAAAAUUUUGGUACACAGUUGCAGUUCUCUGAGGUUUCCAACCCUGUUCAUAGGGAUUUGUCAUUGUCUGUUAUCAAAUCAGAGUUUGCAAAUGUAGUGUGCUACUACAAGAAGGUAGGAGAGAGUGACAUGUUUUCACCUGAGCAAAAUGCUGUGCUACACCAUGCUUUUAAUGGUGCAUCUACAUCGAGCAUCCAACAGAACGAUCUUCUCUCAUAUCGUAAAAUCGGCUUUGAUGCCUACACUUUUUUUUGCAAGUCCCAGGUUCUCAAAGAUAACAGUAUUGCAAAGCCAACUCUUCAUAAGCACACCUUAAAAACCUUUUCAAAACCUAAAGUUUCACGGAAAAAAAUAACAAGUCUUGAAAAAGAAAAAAAAUUGAUAACCCUUUGUUACAAAAGAACUAUUGCAUACUCUGCAGAAAAAAACCAACCAGUUCGUGCCUUAUGUCAAUUUAUAGCAAAACCUCGUGCAUUAUGUGGACAUGACAAUUUGCCACACAAAGGUAGCAAAUACAUAAUCUAUGAUAUAUUUGAGAAGCGUUAUGUGGAUAAGUACAAGGUUGUUACUAAUGCUCCUUCUAUUGAAUUUGCAGAGUCAUGUUUUAUAGGCGAGGGAAUGAAUAUCAUAUAUUCAGCUCCCCUUCCCCAUACUAGAGUUUUUGAGGAAUAUGUUUCAUUCAUUGUUUCAAGAUGGAUAUUGUCAUAUUAUAAGAAAGGGUUCAAGGAAGUACGUAUUCUUUUUGAUCAGGUAAAUACACAGGGUUUAUCUCCCAAAGGAAUAGAGCGGUCUAGACGUGAUGAUGAAGAAAACAUUGAUAAUGUGUUCGAAGAUAUAGAUGACAAUACACCACUCCCAUCAAAUUGGUCAAAGUUUUUGAAAUGUCGACGCAAUAAACACACACUGAUCCGUUAUCUAUCAAGAAAAUUUUUAGACUUAGUAAAGCCUCACUUAAAAGAGGGACAAGUAUUUGUCACCUCUGGUGGAUUUCAUGUAGGUCUUGAUACAUUUCCAGAUUGGUCAGGAGCUAAAGUAACAAACUCUGGUAUUGAAGACCACCUGAAACACAACCAUGAGGAAUCUGAUACACAGAUAUGGCUUCAUGUUUUCGACACUGUGUGCACAAGUAUUCUAAUAUAUUCCAUAGACCGAGAUGUGGGUUUAAUAGGGUUACCCUUAAAGUUCAAUGGCAAACUAAUCUGCAUCCAGUAUAAAGCGAGGGUAGGAGAUGAAAGAUAUUUGAAUUUGAAUGCUUUACAGGAUGCUAUUUCAUCAGACUCUGACAUGUCUCCAUUAGUAGAAAAGCAAACAAAUUUAGGUUUAUGUGUGCAGAUGUUGUAUAUUAGUACAGGAUGUGACUUUGUGUCUUAUUUUGCUCGUCUGGGCAAGAGUGCCUUUUUCAAAGCAUUUUUGCAAUACUCCUCAUUUAUUUGCGGAGAAACCACAAGAAAUACAUUAGGAAAUUUAACAUGUACUGAUCUUGAAAGUAACAUUGAACAAGGAUUACUCUCCUUUUAUAGAUUAGUUUUGUGUGUAUAUUACAAGGCUAAUAGAGCUUCAUUGCACAAUUUUGAAUCUCCUUUUGAAUUAUUUAACAGUGUAAAUGAUGCAACACCCCUUCAGCAACAUUACAAUGCUUUAGAAAUAGUAAGAAAGGCAUCUUGGACUGGCUCGUACGAAGACCAACUAAUGCCUUCCAACUCUGCAUUGAAAUUUCAUUGGCUGAGGUCAUGCUGGGUUAGUCAGGUUUGGAACAGCUGCACUGUACCAAAUUUUCAAUAUCCAGAUAUUAACAGUUAUGGAUUUGUUGUCAUACAUGAUAAUGGAAAGCAAAUUAUAGAUGUUACAUGGGAUACUGACGAAAAUUUAGAGAAAGUCCGGAACAAUAUGAUGUAUCUAACUAGGGGUUGUGGUUGCAGCAAAAACAAAUGUUCAACUCGUCAGUGUAAGUGCAAAAAGAAUAAUCAGUUAUGUGGCCCAGGGUGCAGAUGUAGAAAUUGCACUAAUAUUCCAAUCCCUUCUGAAGAGUUGCAUGAUGAUUCAAUUUCUUCAUCCUCUGACGAUGAUGACGAUGAAGAGACCGAUGAAGAAGUCGAUGAAUGCGUACAUGUAGUCGAUGAAUUGUUAAACCAAGAUACUGAUUUUCAGGAUGGUGUAACCGAUAACCACUUUACAUGCUCUGAUCUGUCUGAAGACGAGUUAUUUUAGUGGUAUUUGAAAUACCUAAAUAUGUAAUUCACCCGUAACAACCAGACAUUUACCGGAUACAUGAAAUACUGGCGAUGCGGAGGAAAUCAACUUUAUUGAUGUGUAAUAAAUAGAGACAGUCUGCCUAACCUCAUUUUUUAUACUACGGGUCAUGCAGAUUUUAAUUAUAUUUUGCUAAGAUAUGUAACAAUGAAACCAUUUAGGGGACAGGCCAGUUCCCAUUCUUCCUGUGUGUGAUGUAAACAUGUACAUGUACAUAGUAUUCUAUUUUAUAUACGUAAAUUUCAAGUUUAUUGAUUUGAGACACAGCACAAGUAUUUCAACAGUACUUUACUUUGUAUACUAUAGAUACAUAACCUAGUUCCAGCUUGCUGGAGGAAAUAUGCCAAAGAAGUCUUUCCUGUCAUUUUAUACUUUUCUUACCAUAUGUAUGUUGUAUGAGUUGUGAUUGUUUACUGUCAACAUUUUCUGAAUUAAGAAAGUUGUUUCUUGCCUCUUUUUCUUAUGAUUCGAUAACAAGAUAAUUUGUCUGCCUUGUGCCAAAAGGGCCUCAUGACUAUGUUGACUAUGACUAUGUAAAGUCAAUUAGGCUAAGGACGUUUUGUAAUAGGAUCAAUGCUUAUGAUAUUAUAUAACAACAUAAGGUGUGUUUAACAAGUAUGUAAAUAUACAUUUUUAUUGCAGGGUUUAUACCUACCAGUAGCCCUAACUUGCUGAAGGAAACUUGCCAAAGAGUUAGAUGUCUUCUGCCAUGUUUUCACAGAAGAAUUUGUGAUGAUACUAUUGUUUGCUUUCAACAUUUACUUACCGUUACUGAAGAAGAUUUCUUGCCUUGCUACUGUUACUAUGACAUGUCAUUUACAUAUAACAUGUUUAAGUUAUUUUGAGUGAAGAAAGUUAUCAAUACAUAUUUGUUUUGACAUUAUACAGGUAUAUAUGAGAGCAUUAUCUUGCUAGACUAAAUUUAACUUGUCGGAGAAAUGCAUUUAAGGUGUCAUAUUAUAUUCUGCUGUGUAAUGUAUGUGUGAAGAAUUUUUUGUCUUCUUCAUGUAGUCUGUUACUUUAACAUUUUUGUACAAAAGAAAGUGUCCUACAUCUAUUCAAAGUGGAUCUCUGACAAGAUAUUGUAUAUAAUAUGUGUAAGUUAUAUUGUGUAAGUAUUUAUAUAGUUUUUUUUUUUUCAUAUGGUGCAACUCCUAUCCUUAUCUUGCUGGAAUAGACUUGCCAAAGAAAUACUCCUGCCAUUGUAUUCCAUUAUGUGUCUGGAUCUGCGAUUAACA